UUUACUAAUAAGGUCAGAAUGGCAAGUCAAAAAGUCUUUAUGAAGAUGGUGGUAAUUGGAGACUCUGGAGUAGGAAAAACAACCCUUCUUCAACAGUAUAUUAACCAGAGAGGUGAUAAAUCAAACAAACCCACUAUUGGAGCAGAUCUGUUCAAGGAAGAGCUAGAAAUUGAUGGCCAGAAGGUAGCUAUCCAAAUUUGGGACACAGCAGGCCAAGAGAGAUUUCACGCUCUUGGAUUCUCCUUCUACAAAGGAGCUGAUUGUUGUGCAUUAGUGUAUGAUGUAACAAAUCCAAAAUCCUUUGAGAGUCUAGAGAAAUGGAAGAAAGGAUUCAUUGAUAACUCCUCUCCAUCAGAUACCUCCACAUUCCCAUUCUGAGUUUUUGGCAAUAAAGCAGAUAAGGUUGAGGAGAGAGCUAUCUCAGAAGAAGAAGAGCAGAAGUGGUGAGAAGAGAACCAUAUUAAAGACCACUUCAGCACUUCUGCAAAGACAGCAAUGAAUGUCAAGGAAGCAUUUUACUCAAUGAUUGAAAAAGCUCUUGCUAGAGCAAAGAAAGCUUCCAUGCCGAAGCCUGGAUCGAUCAUAGGCAAAGAUAGGCCAAUCAGAGGAACUAAGCUUCAAAGAGGAGGCAAGCCCCAAGAUAGGCUUCAGAAUGUUUGAGAAUGUUAGAAUAUUUGAAA